AAAAUGUCUCAGUUCUUAUAAAUUAGUUACAACAGAGUGCACUUACACAUGAACAGGCAACUGUGUUGGCUUCACUUACGUGUGUUAUUUUUAUUGACAAAUUCGUGAAACCAUAAAAGAUUUUAGUGCAGAAUUAAAAUUACUGAAUUAAUAUAAGCUUCGUUACACUAUGGAAAAGUUACACCAGUAUCAGGGAAUAACAGGGCGCUUUCAUCAAUUAAGGGACAAUAUUAAAGAAUUUUACCAAGACUUUGGUAAUGAAGAUUCGACUAAUAUACUACAAAGAGCUAAACAAACCGCUUUGGGGCAGCUUAAAGGAAACACAAGUGCCAAUAAGGAUUACUCACACAUAUUCAGAUGCAAAUCUCGCUCUGAGUUAAUACGUGUAUCUGCCGCAGUAAUGGGCAUUGAAUUUUCGUACGCGGCAGAAACAGCAUUUGUGUCUCCAACACUACUGAAAAUCGGAGUUGAGCAUCAGCAUAUGACAUUAGUUUGGGCACUAUCUCCUCUAGUCGGCUUCUUUUUAUGCCCAAUACUGGGAUCAUUUUCUGACCGAUGCAAGUUAAAUAUGGGACGACGACGGCCUUUUAUAUUACUUCUCUCUAUCGGAGUGGUUCUUGGACUUCUUUUGGUGCCAAAUGGUGAAAGUUUGGGUUAUUGGUUUGGUGACGAAAAUCAGUACCCGUCUAAUGCAUUUUCUGUAAGCAACAUUACACAAAAUGGGACUCACACGAUGCAUAGCUCUUCUAAGAAUUCCCAUCCUUGGGGAAUUUUUUUUACUGUUUUGGGAACAGUUCUCCUUGACUUUGAUGCUGAUGCUUGUCAAAGUCCUUCAAGAGCGUACUUACUAGACGUAUGUGUUCCAGAAGAUCAUGCCAAGGGUCUUUCUACUUUCACCAUUAUGGCAGGACUGGGAGGAUUUUUUGGAUAUUCAAUGGGAGGCCUUAAUUGGGAUGAAACAGAAAUUGGUCGCCGCUUGGGAGGACAUGUCAAAGCUGUUUUCACAAUAAUAACUUUUAUAUUUGUCGCUUGUGUUACAUUAACAAUUACCAGCUUUUCUGAAAUACCCCUUUGGGCACUAUCGAGUUCAGAAAACAGUCACUAUCCAAAGGAAAAAGAAGAGUCAGAAUUGCCUCUUUCAACUUAUGGUGCAGUUGACAUUGAAGUACCUAGCAUGCGCGCUGAAAAUAAGAAACAGCUUACGACUGCAACGACAGCAGAUCACAUCUCAACACUGAAGGAUACUGAUGAAACUUCAUUCACGGAAAUUCCAGACCAAUCAAGAGAAAAAAUUGAAGUGGAAAACGUACAACAGACUCAAAACUCCGUACAAAUAGAAUCAUUGUCACACUAUUUACUAUCCAUUAUAUACAUGCCAUACUCCUUGCGAAUGGUAUGCCUGACGAAUCUAUUUUGUUGGAUGGCGCAUGUUUGCUACUCACUUUAUUUUACUGAUUUCGUGGGCGAAGCUAUAUUUAAUGGUGACCCAAAGGCAACGGAAGGCUCAAACCCUCAGAUCCGUUACGAAGAGGGCAUUCGUUUCGGAUGUUGGGGAAUGGCAAUGUAUUCACUGUCAUGUGCUUGCUAUUCCCUUGUUAUAGACAAGCUUAUUCAACGAUUUAGGGCCAAGAUUGUAUACAUUGGAGGUCUUUGUUUCUAUUGUACUGGAAUGGCCUUAAUGGCCUUGACUCGAGCCAAAAUAAGUGUCAUACUAUUUAGCUGGACAGCGGGUGUUAUGUAUUCUACUCUCUUCACCAUGCCAUACUUACUUGUAGCACACUACCAUUAUCUGUCUACGUUUGAGUUAGAUGAAAAUGGACAAGCAAAACAUGGCUCAGGAGUAAGAGGCUUGGGCACUGAUAUUGCCAUUAUAAGUAGCAUGGUAUUCUUAGCCCAAUUCAUUUUAUCUAUGUGUAUGGGUACAAUUAUUAAACUAUCGGGUACUACAACAGCUGUUAUUUACACCGCAAGCUUUUUAAGUCUCUGUGGGGCAUUAUCGGCCACAAAGAUAAUGUAUCUGGACUUAUAAGUCUCAUGUAAAAUAAUAGUAUUUAAUGAUGAAAAUGUAGAGCAUAAAAUCCAAUACAUUUCAAAUUAUUUAUUAUUAAGUAAAUGUAAUAAAUUAACGUAUAUAACUACUACAUAAGAAACUAUCAAGGAAUCCGUAGCAUUGCGUGAGCGGAGUGGGCUAAGUGUGUUUGCUAGGACCUUGACUACUUCCUAUAUAAUCUUAUUUAAGGAUCCCUACUAAAAAUACAAGAUUGGGAACUAAUGGUUCAAAACAAACAGUAAACUCCAUGUAAAAAAUAGUAUUUAGUGAUGAAAAUGUAGGGCAGAUUAAUUCGGGCUAAUAUCCAAUGCAUUGAAAAUUAUUUACUAUUAAAUUAAUGUAAUAAAUUAACUUGCAUAUAUAAAGACUAUAUAAGAAACUAUACUACCAAACAAUGAAUAAGAGAUAUGUGCAUGGUUUAAAGGUUGAGUCACCAAAACACUAUGGGCUUUGUUGCAUUUUGCUUUGGCAUACACACACAAAGUUUUUAAAGAAUUUUAAAAUUCAUCUAACUUAUAUUUUUACAAUACUGAUUUACCGGUGCACUCUUAAAGUUAGCGGAUUAUGCACACAGUAGCUUUGUGUAGAAUUUGGCGGAAUACAAAAAUGUGUACCUUUCCUGUGGCUUUAUUUGCGAUAUAUUUAGAAAAAAGUCGAGGAUUUUGCAUUAUGGAUAAAAAAUAUAGCUGCAGAACAAUAGCCAUAGCGCGAGUUCACGCCUCGUCAGUUGAUCGAUUCAAGUCGGUGUCGGUUCAAGAAUGUGUCAGAUUGAAGAUAAAUUCCACGAUUUGCGAGAAGUGAGUGCCGUAACAAGACUAUUCAAAGGCAGGCGAGCCGGAUUGCCCGUGCCCUAAGCGAGGCUUUGACUAGAACGCGAAAUAUAAGGAAAGCAAAGAUGCGAGAAAGCGUCAGCAAACGCUGCUGCAAAAGUAUAUAUGUGCAUAUACAGGGGUGCCACAGAAAUCGCUUCGCUUGAAUUUCUCUAUUUGUAUUUCUUUAUUUGAUUAAAUACACCAAUAAAACAGACUUAAAACAUUACGAAUAUUACUUUCCCAUAAAGUUUGUUCUAUUUGUGAUCAGACUUCAUCCAAAUAAUUUAAAAUUAUACAUGUUAAGUUAAAAUAAGUUAGUUAAUCGUUAUCAUGUCCGAUGCCUGAUUUUUUAUGUAACGAUUCCGCGCAUAAUCAGCGGGCGUCAGAGGAUGUCACCUAGUUUGAAGAUAGGGCAGUAGUCUCUCAUUUUUUUAAGCCAUAUUCGGAGC